AUGGUCUUUGUUACCAAGGUCACCAAGGUACCUGAGACACCUGAAGUGCUGCAGUUCACUCCAGAGACUGUCACAGAGAAGCCCACAGACAUUGCCUGGCCCAAGGAAAGGGUUGCCCGAGGGUUCUGGGAAAAAAUCAUCAAGCCUGUAGAAGGCGAUAUACUGGAACCCUCAGAACAAACACUCAAACCCCUGGAAGGGGACACUCUGAAGCCAUCAGAACAAACAACCAGAGACCUGGGAGGUGACAUGCUGAAACUAUCAGAACAAACAACUGAAACCCUGGGAGGUGACACUCUGAUAUCCUCAGAACAAACUCUCAGACCCCUGGAAGGGGACACUCUGAAGCCAUCAGGACAAACAACUGAAGACUUGGGAGGUGACAUUUCUCUAUCCUCAGGACAAACAACUGAACCCCUGGAAGUUGACAUCUUGAAGCCCUCAGAAGAAAAAACUGAACCCUUGGAAAGGGAGAAGGUAAAGGCGAUCCAGAGCAAGGAGGACUUUGAGGCUGUGCUCAAAGAGGCUGGGGAGAAGCUGGUGGUGGUGGACUUUUCAGCCACCUGGUGUGGACCCUGCAAGAUCAUCAAGCCACUGUUCUACACCUUGUCCUACAAGUAUGAUGAUGUGGUGUUCCUGGAAGUGGAUGCUGACGAGUGUGAAGAUCUGAUUAAGGACUGUGGGAUCAUGAGCAUCCCAACCUUUCAGUUUUACAGAAAAGAGGAAAAGGUGGGUGAAUUCUGUGGUGCUCUUCGGGAAAAGCUAGAAGCUGUCAUUACAGAAUUAAAGUAA